AUGGGUGUUCUGACGGGACCAAGUCAGUACAUGAAGGAGAAGCAGCAUGGCCGAGAAGCUGAGGCACAACUGGAGUACCAAAACCUGCACCGUCCCUGGUCGGUCUUCGGUCAGAUGCCUGCAAUCAGCUCUACAGCCUACCACUCCAAUCCCAAGGACCCUCAGUCCACCAUGGAACACACCGACCCACAGGCUCUGGCUGCACUCAUUCAGCAACAACUGGACGUCAUUAACGGGGAAAUUCAACUUAUACAGGUACUCUUAUUGCGCUUGUUUCCCUUGCGCAUUGAGGCUGAUACUAUGUUAUAG